AUGGCGGAUCUCAACAGCAGCCUGACAGCCAUGGACUGGUUGCCAAAACUCAGCGUAGGCACUGCUUUAAACAAUGCCAACGCGAAAAUAACAAACAACAAUAACGAUCCAGGCAAGGAUAAAAGUCCCUUUCGGAAACCUCCGAGUUCCCCACUCGAUCCGAAUGCGACUUUGGACGACGAUGAGGCACAACAACACAAAACCCGCGAAAGCAAACCACCGUACUCGUACGCAAACUUGAUCACGUUUGCGAUUAAUAGCUCACCCAAAAAGAAGAUGACUUUGAGCGAGAUCUACCAAUGGAUCUGCGAAAAAUUUCCGUAUUAUAAAGAGGCUGGAAAUGGCUGGAAGGUAGUAAGCUCUAUCUGUGUGUAGCACUUGUAUUUCUUGUGAAGCAAAAUAUCUAAGCUUAACUUGGAAUACUACGAGUUAUCUUUUUCAACUACUUAGCGAAAACUGUUGUAACUAAAUAUUGUUUGUCCUUCGCAGAAUUCCAUUCGGCACAAUUUGUCUUUAAAUAAAUGCUUUAUGAAAGUUCCCCGGAGUAAAGACGACCCGGGAAAGGUAAGUAAGCUCAUCAACUUAUAAGUUGAUUACUCGGUUGAACAGAUUUAAAUUCCUUGUAUUUGACUGCAUUUUAUUUUUCAUUCUAGAAAACGUUUUGAUAUUUCUCUUUUACUCUACUUUAGGGGUCAUACUGGGCAAUAGACCAAAAUCCGCAGGACGAUAGUGCCCAUGCUAGACAGACAAGGAAAAGACGAACAAGCGACUCUAGGGUAAGAUCACGAUCGGUCACAGAAAGAACUUCAAUCCACUUAUUAAAUGCGAAAUUAGCUUACAAAGACUCAAAAAUCUAUAACUUAAAAAAAGAGCGAUUGACGAUGUUUUUGUGUGGUGAACUAAUCAACGUGAAUGUACAUGGCGUAGGUGAGUAAAUAAAGAAAAAAACUUUUAAAUUUUUUAUGCUCGCACUCUAUCAGUAUAUUACACGAACUGGAAGUGAUUUAGUUGUGGCGCCAUUUCGCGGGAAGUGUGAUUAAAUUGUUGCUGUUGUCCUUCGUCGUGUUUGAUGUUAGUUUGUCGAAUUUUAGAUUUUUGGUGUGUAACCUUCGCUAAAUAUUAUGGAUAACGUUAAAGAUGACUUGACAGAAUGUUACUCGGAUCCAAUUUUUGCCACAAGGACGUUGAUUUCAUUUGUCUACAAGAGCAUGUCCUAUAUUAGGUUAUUUCGACUGCCCUAACAAUUACAUCACCGUCACAUCUUCAAGCACUUUGCGUGAAAAAAUCUUAAUAGAUACCACUCUAUUUUAAGUUUUGUUCAUAUUUUGUUACUUCGCCUAUUUGGUUUCGUUUCAUGAAGGUUUUUCACAUGUCGUGAUUUCGAGGCUAAUUUUGGGCACUUGAAAGUAAGAGUUUCCUGCAUAUCUCCGCCUUUCAUCAUUUAUUUUAAUAGCUUAUUAAAUUUGGCUUUAUUUUUGGAAACAAAACAGCAACUAACAAUUUCUUUCUCAUUUUUGAAGGCUAUCUUCCUUCUAUAGUACCUUUUCAUGUUUAAUUAUGAUCUGACUAGCACUUAAAAAAACAGGUUACGUGAAACGAAUGUCUUAAAAAAUUAAUCUAAGUGAAUAGUCGGCUUUUGUUACCCCUUCGACAUGGAACAGUUGUAAUUGUAUUUUCCCAUUUUUAAAGCUUUUAUUAAAAAGAGAUAUGAACCUGUGAUAGUACAAAUUGAAGGGUUUUGUUACUUUUCUCAGUGAUGGAUCUAGGGGAGCCCUCCCCCCCUCUUAUUUUUAGACAAAACUGAGGCCCAAAUGGCGUUUUUCUAGACGGGGCAUACCCCUUAUCUCAGGGUCUCGAUGAACCCCCCCUCUACUACAAGUUAAACAUGCCACUGCGCAUGAUCAGAUGCACAUGACUGUUCAUUUUUCUUGCGUAGUGCUGCGGCAACAGUGAGUUGUUGAGCUGUUUCGUAUAGUCGCGACUACGGAGAACAUUUUGCUCACAAUUUGCCGUCUUGGUGAUUCUGGAAUCUCGUCUUUUCGUAAAAAAGUUUUCAAUUCACCUGCUUUAAGGGAGAGGUUGAGUUCAAUUUCUGCUCAGAUUUACACUUUUAAUAUACUCGAACCAUUUAAAGUUUUUAUUACAAACUAUAAGCUUACUGUUUAUAUGCAGAAUUCAGAUCGACGGCUGAGACCAGAAAUCAUGCAGGUAAUUUAUUUUCUCUUCGCACUUUGAAAGUUUCAAGGUUUGUUUGGAAUGAUUUGUGUGUUUUUCUACUAGUGUAACCUUUUUAUGCGAGUUUUUAUAUCGCAUUUGCUGAAUGAAAAUGAUACAAACACCUUUGAGAUAAUCAAAAUUCAGCAUUUUGAUACUUCAAACAUUUAGUACAUCACUAAUCGGAGAAAUCCAUCUUAUAAAUCUAAUAAAAGAAAUAUUACAAUUUCUGCAGAAAAAUAGAAACUGUGCAACCAAAACUUUGUUCACCAAUUUCACUCGAGAUCGCUAAUUUCUCCAAAUGCAGAAAAAUAAGCCACUUGCACUAAGAGGUCACGUGACCAAUGCUUCCUUUAAACAAUGAGUUGGAAUCUUGCUGAUGCUAAAAAUUGACAGAGCACACAAAAAUUAUCUUGCACCCGAAAUUUGAGAGGAAACGCACAUAAGGGGGAUAUUUUAUGUCACUUUGAUUUUUCAACAAAGUAGUUUGAUUUGUAUUGGUUGCCAUGUUGGAGGGCAUACCCUUGCCCUCCAACAUGGCGACCAAAACUAAUUUUUGCUUACAUCUUGUUAAACGUUUGAUAGUUACACUCAGAUGUGCUAUAAAUGUUAUCACAUUAUCUUUUCAACAUUUUCCUUGAAGUUUAAGUGCAAAAUUUGUGUUCAGAAAGAAGUACGGUAAGUUAUAAUUUUAAAAAAUCACAUUUUGGUCACGUGACCAGCUAUGAACUUACUCAUUUUAAGAAAAUGGUGCGGGUUUGAAAAACCAAAUCACUAUUAUUUUGUUUAAGAUGUGACCCACUAAUCGUUUUUGGAAGGCAAAAUCAUAUAACGUUCAUUUUCAUAAAAACGAUGUCACAUGAGCUCUUAGUGCAAAUGGUCUAUUGGUUCAUUGUUCUAAAGAUAAGUUCACAUGCAAAAUACUUGCAUUUUAGUGAACUGAACAUGAAAACAAGAAAAUCUUUGUGUGUUGUUUCCGUCUCUCUUGUCUUGUAGUCUACCGUCUGUACUGCAAUCUUAAUGUUCUAUUUUUGCACAACUCAGCCUAGAUAGAUAGGUAGAUAGAUAGAUAGAUAGAUAGAUAGAUAGAUAGUUUAAUAACCAAUACAUUGCCGCCCGAAGGCUGAAUUGCAUAUUUACAAAUGAUUGAACUGAUAAAAAUUUUAUUAACCUGUUCAGACGGUGUUCAGGGUCCUUUAUAAUGGUGUCGAAAGUAUUACUACAUAGCCCCGUGAUGAAAUCUACAAUAGGGACAAUGUUCACUAGUUCGAUGGUCUCCUGGUAGGGCAGUCCUGGGCAUAUUAUAGACAUUGCCUGCUUCUCAACUCGCACCAACUCUUCUUUUAGGCACUUUUGCAAGGCAUAAAAAAGGGCAGGUGCUGCGUAAGUAAUAACAGAGCGUAUAUAAGCAGUGUUAAAGGUGGACAUAUCAUGCCGAGGAAAUCUUGAUCUUUUUAACAGCACUAAAAAAUACAGACGCUUUGACGCUUUCUUGAUUACAUCACUAAUAUGUUCGUUCCACGUAAGGUUGCUCGAUAUGGUCAGACCUAGUAGUUUCGCUCUAGUCACUCCCUCUAGUUCUUUGCCAUCUACUACAAUAGGCACAAACUGGGGCUCAUUCUUUACAAAAGAUAAUCUGAGUUCCUUACACUUUUCUCUAUUGAGUUUGACUCUAUUCUGAAUAGACCACUCUGCGACCUUAUCUCCGAUAUCCUGGGCACAACUGCGGUUGCCCUUGGCAACGACUUCUGAUGCCUUCGUAUCGUCAACGUACUUCCAUACAUUAGCUAAAUCAUCAACAUCUAAGUCAUUUAUAAAUACAAGAAACAGCCAUGGGCCUAAUUUUGUUCCCUGAGGGACUCCAGAGGGCACCGAACCUCACUCUGAGUAACAGCCCUCAGAUAGUUUGAUUCUUUGGGAAUGAUUAGAAAGGAAAUCUAUGAUCCAGUUGAUAAUUCUUGUAGGCAGAUUCAACCUGCACAAUUUCUCUACGAGUAUUCUAUGAUCUAUAAGGUCAAACGCUUUUUUAUAGUCAAAGAGAAUAGCUAUAACUGUAGCGCCGUUGCCAUCAGUUUCCUUGGACCAGUUGUGAAUCAUGUGUAUCAGCGCCUGGGUGGUUAGUGCUACAAACAAAGGACAACUCUUAUCCUACCCUACUUCGUAGUCUGUAGUCGCUGUAUCUUAAAAACCCUAUAUACUUGAGAUGAAUCUUAAUAGUCUUUGAUCAAAAGCUUUCCUCCGUGAGAAUGUAUGUUAGGGGUCAAUUUUAUCCUUGGGUUAAAAUUUUCUCCCUUGUUGUGGCUACUACCUCCCUUUAAGGAAGGUGGUAGCCACCAUGUCAUGGUGUUGUAAGUUUGUAAGUCCGUACACUUGCACAGGAAGCCAACUAUCUUGGUCUGGUUGAAAUUGUGGCCGCUUUAAAAAGCGGUUGAAAAAAUGCUUUUGGCGAUGCAUUUCAACAGCAGAUUUAUUUUGCAGAGAAAAUGGGAGCGAUUUGGACCAACAGUUUUAAAAUAAGAGGAAACAUUGUUUUAUUAAAAUAUUUGUGAUGAGUCUACUAUGUGCUUCUGCCCCAUAGUUCUUUGAUUGUGUACCUGAACAACUGUGCGGUAUGAGGUUCGAGCCCUAGCAGUGAGUUUUUUUCUUUUUUAUUUGCGCUCUUUUUUUGGCUUUUUGUUUCUCUUUUAAUUCCUAAUUUAGUUUUCUACAGCACAGUUAGAGGUCUUACCAAAUGUAAGACACACAGGAGUCUUUCAGAUUAGCAAGAUGGUUUAAUAACUUGGGGACUGGAUUUAAAGAAUCUUUGACUUAUCAGAAGAGAAGAUGAGCAUUUGCUCUUCGACUCCCUAAGAUCAUGGGGGAUAUACAAAUUCCAGCUGGUUGGAAAGUGAUUUGAAAGUGAGAAAAUGUCAUGCUAUGCUACUCUUUGAGAAUGUGCAUGAGCCGUAAAUGGAUGUGAUUUUGACCUUUAGGCGAUUUGGCUUCAAAAUAGCAGCAGAAAUCGAGAUAAGAAAACAUAAUGUGUCCUACUUCGCAGACGAGUUGCAUCGGGUUUGUAUGGCAUAGGGUAUGUUCUUUUAUUGCCAUGGAAUGGGUUUGCGUUAUUUUUUACUGUCAAUAGCCUUUACUUCCGUUUGCCGGUGGAAGUUUCCUGAGAAAGGAAUUAAAUUAAAGACUUUUUGCCAAUUGUAUGUCAUCAUCUUUAGUGAUGUAGUGGUGAGGUGAAGUUGUGUGGAACUGAAGGUGCCGGGUUCGAACCCUGCUCUGUACACUUUCUUUUUUCCUUCUGUCUUUCUUUUUUUUGUUUUUGUUUUGUUUUGUUUGCUUAUUAUUUUGCUUUGUUACUGUUGUUUUUUAAAUAUAUACCUUCCAGAGCAAAUGUAGUAUAAAUUAUUUGUAAAUAAACAAUCUGAAUUUCUAUCAUUUCCUACAAUUUACAUUCCUUAUUUACUGUAAUAUAUUCUACAAAACUAAAACAGUAGCCACAUGCAGUCACAGACUGCCUUCUAUUUUUAGGUUUGGUAUUGUUUGAUAGUAAGUUUUUACGAAGAAAAGUGGCAUUUACAUUGCGACUACCGUAACUGGGACCACCUACCUCGGAUCACAGGAAAAUAACUAUACAUUCUGAGAAAGUUAGUUGCAGCCUGCACAGGGCAGCUACCUAUUUUUGUCUUGAAAGCAUCCGAGAAUUCGAUUUGUCGGGUAAUUUGUUUGGAAAAUUGUUUUGCUCUUUUACCAGUUCCCAGUCCCUGCUGUGUAGCACCCUAUCCAUCAUGCUAGCAAAGUAAAAUGGCGGUCCAGUUCAUUGAAAAUACUUAUUUGCAUUGAUCUCAUGAAGUAAAAAAUGAAUACAACAGAAACGAAUAUGUACAGUGCAGUGGCAAUUCACUAAAUCAAAGAUUCUUUCUGAAACCUUUCUUUUAAAUAUAUGUCUUUAUUGUGUAUUUGUCAAUAACAAUCCAAACUGACUUUGGAAUAUGCAUUUUAUGUACAACCUUUCAUUAUACAGUGUUUUCUUUAAAAAAAUACGGUUAGUGAGAUGUAUUAAUGCUUGUUGUUAGUGAUUAAAAUCUUUGGGAUUUCAUUGCUUGCAUUAUGCUGUGUGUUUGUUUUUAUUCCUUUGUCUUGUCACACAAUGCUCCUAGAGACGAACAGCUGAGAGGGAGUCAACAAUUCACUCUCUCCUUUUUUAAUCUUAAAACGUUGAAGACCAUGUUAUAUCCUAAACCAAGAUAGAAUAGAUUAUUUACUACCUUUCCAACACCUUGCUGUUUCCACAUGGGGCCGGACUUCACUUCCAAUAUGGAACCUCUAGUUGUCAAUCAUAAUUACCAUGAAACGAAAUAAACAACAUGGAUUGAAAUCAACCAAUUACAACCUGCAGGCGCAACCUUUUGAACCUGUUGAAGUAAGCACAUGUUUCCCAAUAGGUCCAUUAGUCAGAGUGAGUGACGGAAGUGAAAAACUUCAAUGAUAGUUGUACUUUUGACUUGCAGUCGCACGUUAUUGCAAAGCCCAGAAAUAAUAGUGAAGAAAUUUCUGGUAGAUUACAAAAUAAUAGCUUGUGUCAAAGAAAUAUCUCCUCCGUUUCAAAUAGAAAAACACUGUCUGGUAAAACAUUUUGCUAUCAAUAUGAAAUAUUGAUAGCAAAAAUAUUGGCAUGAUAUAUUGGCGAAAUAUUGGCAUCCUUUGAGUUAUGCUUUGAAUGGGUUUGAUUAAGAAAUUAGAAAAAAUUAUAUAGGUGAGCGAUAACAGCCUUGUGAAGGUCAGAGAUAUUUGAUUUGACGAAGCUAAUGUCCGCUUUUAUUUCCUUAGUAUUUUUACUUUUAAAACGUGUCUUUUUGACUUUAAUAACAUGACUUGCCUAAAGGGACAGAGUCUCUUUUUUACUCAACCACAAAAUCUUUUCAAAAAUUCUUAUAUGAUUUUAUCACGUACAUACCUGUGUUCUGAUAACUUCUCAUCCUCUUAAAACUUUUAGAAUUACGGAAAAUAACACGCAGCUUUUGUAUGGAAUGAAAUCAUGAGUUUGGUGCCAUCUUUGAUAGUGCGGUAUUUUCUAUGAAAGGAUUGCAGGCCCAGGUUUCAUGUUGUUAACCAUUUUGAUUGUGUGAAGAAGUGCAUUUACGGGCCAUUUGCUGAAAACGUGGCUGCACUCAUCAUGAUGUGGCAUUUUUUAGAAAGUGUUUCACUGCCUUCAGUGUAAAAAAGAAUAGGCAGGAGCCCCUACCUUAUACGAGAAAAAAAAAUGUACUUUCUUAUGUUCGUGGCAAACUAACAGACCGUGGCUACAAACUGUGUUUAGCCUCAGACCUGUUGCUUGUUUUACUUUACAGUACUGUUAAAACCCUUUGUUAGUAAUAACUAACGGAAAUGUAGUGCAAAUCAGAAAUGUUCAAGUUGCACACAAUUUCAUCACCAUUCUUUCUACAAUUCUGCACUUUUGUCAGGGUAACCUAAAUUGUAACCGGGCAAGUAUGUCAUCAAGCUUACUUGCCUGGCUGAUGACUGUAGUUUGAAAGAAGAAUACAAUUUGAAAAUGGGAAGCAGUACUUCAAAACUUCAAAUAGAAACAAUCAAAACAUCAGUAAAAGUACCACUGAGGACGCAUUUUCAGGGCUUGAAAUUAAAAAAAUCCUCAGGUCGCCUUUUGGUGACCAACUAGAGAAAAAUAGUCGCCAGAUGCAAAUUUUUAGUCGCCAGUUUGUAAAUGAUGCAGCUCAUAGUCAGCCGGGGCUUCUGAUAUUUCGCGCGGUCGCAGAGCCACAAAAUUCACAAAAACACGCAAAAUACUUCGAAAUUCGGUAGAAAUCUUAUCAAAUACAUGUCUGUACAACAUAUUUGAAACUUUUCUCAGCUAUUUACUUGCCGUAAACUUGUAAAUUUAUCUUGAAACUUCGUCACUGAAAAGUGCAAACAACAUCCCGAAACUACCGGGCGUAAAUUAUGUUGCGAAAAACUGGGCACUAGCCAUGAUGUUAAAGAUUUUGCCAUUGGCUCAGUUCUGGAGUUUCUGGAGCGUAUUGUUGUUGAAAGAGCAAAUGAUGACCUCUGUUAGAAAAACAUCAAAAACACUGGUCUGGUCAGCGCAAAACGGAUCGAUCUCUAACCACAAAAUCGCUAUUUUUUUACUGAUUGAUUUGCGGCUAAGUUUGCCCCAAAAUUCCCGCGAAAUCGGUUGAUUUUUCUGCGAAUUUGCCCCUAAAAAUCCCGCGAUUUUUGCCUUUUUUUCCCGCGACCUAUCAGAAGCCCUACUUAGUAUAUGGUGCGAUCCAUCAGAUUUGAAAAUAUCGUGGAUAGGAUUCGGUAUAAAUUUGUAGGUAAACUGGCUUUGUUUAUGCGAUUUGGCACAUUUUUUAUGAUGAAAGCAAAGCAGGAUAGGAUGAAAUGUUUGUUUCAACUUUACUGUUUUAAUUUAAAUCUAAAUCAUAGAGAAAUCUGGUCGCCACUUUGGCGACUAAACUAGAAUUUUUAGUCGCCAAGGAGAAAAUGUUAGUCGCAUUGGCGACUGUAUUAGUCGCAAUUUCGAGCCCUGAUUUUAAGCUUUAGAGCCUAUUAACCUCCCCUUCUGUGAGAUUUUCCAGCUUUCUUUUUCACAAGGGGAGUGUGGAUUUUUUCUGGAAUAACCCAUUAUGUUGCUCACUGCUGAUGAUUUCCUUCCCUCAGCUGUCACCAUAUGGACCAGAGGACGGACGCAUUUCCCCAUUAAGUCCACAGGGAUCACCUUGUGGAUCACCAGCCUCACCAACAUUGGCUUCUCUACAGUCCAGUGGAGGAUAUUAUGGAUCAUCACCAACUGGAGCAGGUUACAUGGGAAUGUCACCAAAUACAUCCCCUACAGCCACUUCCCAUGUAGGUGGAUUUGGUUUAUCUCAAAGCUAUGGAGAACCUCCAAGAAAGAUUUUCCCUGAAGUAGCAUUUGAGGAUCUCAGUGCAUCAUUUAAAAAUCUGUACAAGUCUGUGUUUGAUGCAUCACAAGGUGGGGAGAACUUUGGUAAGUGAUGUUUAAAAUGGAAUUCAUUGGCUUUGACAUUUUUUUUUUUAAUAUUAAGUUCAACAGACAGUUGUUAUUAUUGAAGCAUAUUCUUCAUAUAUUUUACGGUGCCAGUCGCAAUGUUUGUCGUGAUUGAUGUAUUAGCCGAUUUAUAACUCCUCCGAAGUUUUUGUGCCAGCUAAACAAUAUGGAAACACUAUUCACAGUCCUUGGAUAUUAAAUAGACUGAAAGUAGUGCACUAUGUGCCCUUGUUUACUUCAGAUCACAUGUGCAUGAACUCUUUCUUUUCAAGCAAUAGAUCUCAAUGCACAAUUAUUAUUGACCCUUACAUUAAGUAAAACCUUUUGGUUCAUUCAUAUUAAUACUGUUUUUGCCCCUCACAUUUACUGUCUUCGUUCGUAUUCAUAACGCCUGUAGGAAAAUAAAGGUUGUGUAAGUUGUGUAUUAUGUUUCAAGAUAAAUUCAGUUUAUAUCUCCAUAAAAUGGUACAAGAAACAUCAAGAAACCUCAAGCAAGCUGAAAAAUUACAAAGGCAUGUUUUUUGAAACUCGCUACCGGUAAUGCUGACAUUAAUAUAUCGUGCUUGCUUAAUGGGCGAAAACACAGAAUUGUGAUCACAAAAUCAUGUACAAAUUUAAUGAUAAAAGCUUAGUAAGAUACAGAUACAAACAAAAGCAAACCCCCUGAAACCUCGACCUGAACUACACUGUCUUGUAUGCUCUACUCAGUCACCAAACCUUGUCAGUAAUGGCUCCUAUUUUCCUCAAGUCAGUCUUUGUGAAGCUCCCGGAUGGGAUGUCCCAGUGAGUUCCUAUUUUUGUCCAUGUCUUCUUUAUCCUCAGUAUCCAAAAUUUAGACCUCCAAAGUGGUGUGUGUUGCAUUAAAUAGAAGGAAAUAUUUAAAGGAAAAGCCAGUCUUCUAACAUGGCAAAGUUGUCACGUCCCUCGCUCAUGGACGUGCGUAACAUCAGGAUUCAUCUGACAUUCGUCGGCAACUGAGUUGUUCACUUCACUGAGUAUGACAGCUUACAAUCAAGUCUUCAGCAAUUGUAUCGUAAACUGGUGCAAUACUUUGCUCAUAAAUUGUGCUUAUUAAUUGCUCAUGUAGUACAUCGAUUGAUAAUUCUCUCGUUGAGUUCACGAAGCGGCCCCAGCGUUCCAAACCUGACAUUCAUCUUUUAGUGUGAACCUACCGUGAACAGCGUGUGGGUUUGUAUGCAACGCCAGCAUUUCUCAGAGUUUCCCAGCGCCAACAUCAUCAACUGACUUAAACUCGAACAAUAAAAAAAUUAUAGAGUGACUCCUAUGAUCGAGUCGCUUUGAACAACGCAAAUAGCCUUCUUCAGGUUCGCAACGCCUUCUGGGUUUCUGGGGGGCGGAGACGAGGUACAAAAAGUAUUCGUGCAAGGGUCCGUGCAAGGAAAAAUCCUCUGAAACCAUUUGUGAGAACAUCAUUUGUCGGUAUCAGACCCUCGUGUCUUCCCUCUCCCGCGGGACCGUUUUUCUGCACCGACGACCGAAAACCAAAUUUAUAACUGGGCCACACAGGCAGCCCAGUAAAAAUGUAGUUCCACACAAGACCAGCUGGUUUUUUCUUGAUUACCACUUAGCCCUAAUUACUUUCCAGAAUGAGGAAGUGAAAUUCAUUUCAGGCCCACAAAACAUUUCAUAUUAGUGAGUUUAAGUUUAUUUUGCAUUCAAGCUAAAAAGCAAAGUUAAAAACUAAAAAGAUGUUGCGCUUCAUGGAAAGGAGAGGAUGUCAGUUGCGUUUAACUGCAAAGCUCAAAAAAGAUCUGGGCGUAUGGAUUAGUAAGGAUCUGACAGGGUACAAACAAGUAAACGAACAAUCUUUACGAGCUAAUAAACUGCUUGGAUACUUAAAGAGGAACACAAGGUUCAUACUUAAAACCGAAGUAAGACGAAUGCUAUACCUAGCCCUUGGGGAGCAAGGGAUGGCACAGUGGUGAGAGCGCUCGCCUCCCACCAGUGUGGCCCGGGUUCAAAUCCCGGCGUUGACGCCAUAUGUAGGUUGAGUUUGUUGUUUGUUCUCUCCUUUACUCCGAGAGGUUUUUCUCCGGGUACUCCGGUUUUCCCCUCUCCUCAGAAACCAGCAUUUCCAAAUUCCAAUUCGACCAGAAAUCAGGUAGACGAAGAACCACUUUGUGGAUGUGCUACCUCCAAAUCAUUAUUUAUUUAUUUAUUUGUUAGGCCACUUUUGGGAUACACCACCCAAAUUUGGGCUCCGCAGUCCAUCGAGCUCAUUGUCAAGCUUGAGGAUGUCCAAAGAUGCGUGACUAAGUUUAUCUUAAAACUGCCUUAUUCUUCUAAUAUAAGUUAUGUCUUGUUUACAAACUGUAAACCUAAUACCUAUUUGUUACUGGCAUGAACUUUUAGAUCCAACCCUUUUUUUUUCAAAUUGACACACGGUCUUGUUAACGUCAACUCCUCUGUCUUACCUGAAGUUCGCAAAUACGGUAGACGCACUAGAUCCUCAACCAGCAAUGUUAAUAAAUAUGUAAUUAAGAAAUGUAAAACAAGUACGUACCAAAAAUCCUUUCUCAUUAGAACUAGUAGAAUUUGGAAUUGUUUAGUGGAUGAACUAGAUUUGAGCUCAUCGACCUUAGCUUCCUUUAAAUUGGUUAUUUUUAUUUAUUUUAAGUCCGCGUUAGCUGUUUCCUACGAUUGUGAAGACCCACGUUCGUUCAAGUCUACCUGUUUAAAAUGUAAUAGCGCUUGUCUUGUCCAAUAACUUGUUGUAUGUUGCUGUAGUUUUUCUUGUAUCGCUGUGUUUUUUAAUAUUUCUUGUUGUUAUUUUUUUUAUUAGUAUCCGGGCCCGCUGUAAUUGGCCCCAGCUGUUGCGGUGUCCCUGCCAACGUUUUUUUCUGUUUGUUUGUUUUUUUUUCUUGGCAAAGCUAAUAAAAUAAAAUAAAUAAAAUAAAAUCAUGACCUUUUGGCAGCUGUUGUCAAGCUUUAUAUUAAAUUACUCAGCACACCUCAGGUAUCACGUUGCUUCUCUUCCCUUCUGUGCAAGUUCACAGUAUGCUCUACUGGUUUUGUAUCCGUUCUGUGUGGGCAUAACAUUCAAUCAUGAUAAUGUUAUAUUUUUUACAAACACAACACAAAAGCAGCCUUGUGUUUAAACAGUGCUCUUUACCAUGUUUCCAUGACAACCCAUCCAGAAUAAUUAUGUACAUUUGCAACUUUGAACAUUACUUAGAGUUGUAGCUGCUGUUAUGCUUACAGCCCAACUAAUACAGCCCAACUAACAGGGGAAAUUCCUGGUACAUGUACACUGAAGCAUUCAAAGUAGCUUAUUUGUGUUAUUUGUCUGUUGUAGGUGGAGGAAGCUUCAAUGUUGGCAUGUUUGGGACCAGUCAGAACCUUAACACUUCACCGACAAUGCAAAAACAGCAUCAUCAUCACCCACAACAACAACAUUUUCAACGACAACAACAACAACACCAGCAACAACAACAAAACAAUAUCAUGCAAAAUAUGGAACUGCUCUUAGACAGUCUGAACACAAGGAGCUUUCAGAACUUUGACUUGAAUACCUGGCAAGUACUUAUGGACAGCAUGAAAACGGCUGAUUUGCAGAACAUGGGCGUUGAUCAGAAUCAGUGGCAGGAUUUUGCUUUUUCAUUUAGUCAAUAUCUUCAUCAGCAGGGCGUUCUUCCUGAUACCAAUCUUGUUCAUGGUAUAAGUCCAACAUCUUCAAAUAACAGCAGUAUAAUGGGUAGUUCUCAAGGUAUGCUGCAAAUUAAUAAUCCACAGUAUCAAUCAGGGGGUUCCCCAUUACAGGGAUCCCAGCAUAGCUACAGCAGUUCAGCAAGCUACAGUGGCAGUUCUGUGCACUCUAUACCAGGAAUCAAAGUCACCUCUCACCCAACCAUGGUUGAAACUUUGAACCAACCAACAAUGGCUCAAACAAGACCAGUGGCAAUUGAUGAUGAUGAUGACGAGGAAUUUGACUGGGAUUCAUUACUCUAAUAAUUUUGUGGGUACGUGACAGCAACUAGUGACAAAAAUAUAUUAAUUAGCUACAUGUAGGGUGGGAAGGGAAAGAUGUACACAAGUUUAGGACUUAGGGACAUAUUUCAUUAAUUUUUACUAGUGAUAGCAUGUAUAUAACAUGACGUUUCAGUGAAGUAAUGUAUUUAAUGCCACAGGAUAGAGAGAGCUGAGAACUGAGAACCCUAAACUGAUAAAAGUAAAAACCUGCUUCUCCCCUCUCUAACAGUGCUGUUCAUCAUACAUGCAUCUUAUAUAGGAAGCACCUCUCAGUGUCUUCAUCAAUUCUUCAAGUUUGUCUUUUAUGAUCCAUGUUAGUCUGCUCUAUCCAGUCCUCAACCAUCUUUUAUUUUUUCGUAAUAAUGUUACAUCUUUUUUUUUUGUUACAAGAGUCACAUUUUCAGGUUUCCUCCAAUUGAUGUUACUCAUGACACCUUCAUCGUUGCACAGGGUUAAGGACUGAUGGGAAUAAAGUGUAAGGUUUCUUAGGGGGAAAACAAGCAAAAAAAUUUGCCAAUGCAAGAAAUCGCAGUGGAGUUUCUUUCUUCUAGAGAACAGAAAAUAGAGAACUUUUCACCUUAAACAUUAUUAUGGCAAAUUAUGGAUGGAAGUGAUGCAUAGGUGACUCUAGAUGUCCUCAUAACAAAUAAUAAUGAUGUGAAUCUUGCCAAAACUUGAACUGUAAAAUGUUUUGGCAAAUUUUAUCACUUGUUUGCCCCCCAAAAUACUACAUGACAUUGCAUUUAUCCCAUUGAUCCUAAAGAGCAUGCAAAGAUGGUGGAUAUCAUGAAUAAAGUUUUUUUUCAGAAGACAGUUUGGAAGGUGCGAAGAAAAAGAUCCUUCAGAUAUAAGUUAGUGUGACAGAAUGCCUGUUAGGUGUCUUGUUCUCCAGUUCAAUCAGUAAGUGUAUGAUGUACAACAGUUGUAACAGUGAUCGGCUCAAAGGCAGUGCUUUGUAUUUUUAGUACAAAGUUGUAGUGCUAAGUUAUUAUUUUUAUUAUUGUAUCAUUUGAAUGUAUAUACUUGCAAAUGAGAUUAGAAUACUUCAAGGAAUGGGAGAAACUACCAUAUUUUGUUAUGUAACUUAACUUACUGGUAUGGUUAGUUGAUAGCAAUAAUGCCUUUUUGUCUCUAUACUUUUCAUGACAUUUUUAGGUUUUAUUUGGUCAAACAUCACCAGUAAUGAUAUUAGACCAUUUCUGAGUCGCCUCAUGCCUCUGUUUCAAAGCAAGGCUAAGUGCAAAGUCAAUGACAUUGAAAUGAUUUUAUAUUUUAAUGCAAAUAAAACUCAUUUUCACAAGAGAAAGGCUUGCACUUGGCCUUAGGUUGAAAGAGAGAGUUUUUGGAACUUAAAAAUGGCUUUAAUUGGAAGAAUUCCCAAACAAAAUAAGAGAACAUUUAUUUUUGGUGUUGAAAAUUAAGCUCAUAGUGUCUUCAACAACUCCUGUUUAUAUUUAUCUGAUUAUGCGAACAAUUUUGGAUUUCAUCGCUCAGAUCAGAAUAAUUAUUGCCCACUUCAAGUGUUGUUUAGUUUUGAGAAGAUAAGGUGGGAAUCUUGUUGUAGGAGUACUUGACAAAGUGCAUAAAGCAACGUAUUAAUCCACCCACUUUUUUUAAUUGAAAGGCCUGGUUCGAGUUUACAUUAUCUUUUCCAGUGGAAUAAGUUUUCUGAAAGUUGGUCACAAAAGCAAAUUUUUUUAUGAAUAAGCUAAUUAUUACACAGCAGUUUCCAAUAACACACAACUACUUUGCUAAAUGUGACAUGGCCAAUAAUUGAGUUGUCUGGUUGGGUGGACCUCAGUCAGAUGAAAUGGGCUGAAAUAUAUAACUUUCAGUCCUCUUGAUGCAAAAGAGGCAGAAAAAAGCUACAUAAUCUGACAUCAUUACCAGUAAUUCACGACAAACAACAUGAAAAAAUGAAUAAAAUCCUCCCUUUUGUGAGUUCCUUUAUUUUAGAUUACUUUUACUUCUUUGACUGUAAUAAGAAUUUAAAAGGAGAUUCUUGCCAAUGCUUGAAUCUGGGUUUUGAUUGACAUCACGGUAGACAUCCACCAGUGUUGUUGGUAACUGCUGAAAUAUAUGUGCCAACAUCUCUGGCCUUUGAGUAAACAUGAGUGUGAUCUCCCAGCCUUCUUUGUCAAAAUUAGUUACGUUAUAAAAACAGGAUUAGGUCAGUCUGUGUUGUCCAUCCAUUCAGGCGGCCAGUUUUGGCUACUUGGGUGGUUUACCGCAUUAUGGGACAUUUUAUUAAAAUCAAAAUGGAUAUUAAUUAAUUAAUUAAUUAAUUGCCAAGUUUGACUUUUUGUAGUCUUUAUAAGACAAUUUUUUGUUUGGCUUUGCUAUUGCAUCUUUAGCAACCAUGGCCACAUGAAGUUUCACAAGUACUUUUGAUAGAUUUUGGCAUGUUUAAAAAAUGUUUACUCUUAGAAAGUACAUUGUGUCAAAACAAAAAUUCUUAGUAGCUUUUAUUCAUCUUUGAAUGAUCACACUACAGUAUUUCCUGCACAUGAGCCACAUAAAUGGAAAUCUACAUUUAAGAUGUUUAAACAUCCCUCAUUUGAAUGUCACAUGUGGAUCUUGCUAAGAGAGAAAUUGAAUGGUAUCGUUCAUAUUUCCAAUCAGUUGUACUUAAAAAUGUCAUCCUAUAAAAGAUUCAUCACAUAUCUUGGGUUAAUGCUGUAUUUGUAUGCAAAGCACUCCUUUCAAACUGUAAUCUCAUUUUAUUGUUGGCUGUAAGGCAGUGGCUACACUGCAGUUGACAAAGGUUCACAACCUCAUUUUUGAGGUAUUCCAGUGAAAUAAGUAAGAAUAUAAUAAUAUAUUGGAUUACAUCCUCCAAACUGGUUCUAUAUAAUGUGUGACACUGUGUAUGCAGUGCUUCAUCAAUUAGGCCCUAUGAUUCACAGGGUAUAGCUAAAAAUACUGCCUAUUCAGGCAGAAGACAUUGUAUAUUUAAUAAUAUUAAUGUUGCUUGUACGUAGCCUGCACAUUUUUUAAUCCACAUUCAUUCAGAAACUUUUCAAGUCACGAUUAAUAACUUUGCACCCGAGAUUUUGAGAUUUUCCACUUUCCCUGGUCAGAAUCCACUGGCCGUUUUGGUGCUUUAUCCACCGACAGCAGCUUGCCCAGCUAGCAGUAUGUUGUCCAGAGGUGCAAAAGCAUUACUCUGAGAGUGAAUGGAGUAACAAGUACUUCCUGCUUUGUACUGUUAAUCUAUAUCUUUUAACGGUAGCUUACCGUUUUAUUAGGUGAAUGUACAUAUUUUACAAACACUGCGUUUUAAAUUUUACAUAAGUAAAGCUACGUUAAAGCUGGUUCACCAGCAAUGUGUGGGGAAAUGAAUUUGUAGCAAGGUAGUGAAUGAAGACAUACCUUUUGGAAGCUGGUAUAUUGAAAUCUGAAUUCUGAAGCAUUUAGUAAACAUGCCUUCAGCCACUUGGUGCAAAUGAGGGGCACUCUUGAUAACGGCAUUCAUAUUUUAUUUUUGUCUUUUUUCCCCUGGGUGGUUAUAAAUUACACAAAGAUGUGUUUGGAAAUUAGUUGCUGUUCAAUAUUUGGACUGCUGGUAAAAAUACUUCAAGAAUGUAUGAUUUAACCAACAAAGCUACACCCUGUAAAAGACUUCUUAUUUCAGCGUUAGCUGACAUCUUUUUCGGUCUAGUCCAGUUGCUGUUUUCAUAAGGUCUGUCUUCAAAAGCACAUAAGAGUAGUAGUUAAGGUUAUCCUCUUGCUACAGGAAGUAUUAGUGAUGCACUUGUCAAGACUGCUUGUUUGGACAAGCCAGGUUAAAAUUUUCGGUGUAGAGUUUCUCACAGACAUUGCCAUCUGCUCAGAAAGGAGUUUUUUAUGUCAUUAAAAACGUGGAAAGAUAAACAUUAGUCCUAGUAUUUCAUGCUGUCAAUGGUACUACCACAGGGCUGAGUCCAAUAAUUUGGUCUGUCUUUGUACA